AUGGGUGCUAGUGACUCGAAGCUCGUUUUCAAAAAGGGCAUCUUUAGGUUGUCCGAGGAACGGCAUAUUCCCGCGGGUGAUGCUUACUGGUCUUCUUUCUGGGAACUGCCCGAAUCACCCGAAGAUAUAUUUAGCCUCUUCACCCCGGCCGAUGUUCGCCGAACUCGCGACAAUGCGCUCGAGAACCUCGAGAGCCUGAUCCAGGCCGUCACGAACCGCCUGUUCAUGCUCCGCCACCACCCCUCCUUCCCCGACCCCGAAAUAGCUCCCGAUCGAGAAGCACUCAACUGCUUGCGGGUCCUCACAAGGGUUCUCCCCUUCAUUUACGAAAAGGAGUCAUUGCAACAGUGGGAAGACCAGUUAUUCUGGAGCCCAAGACGCAAGCCUACCAGGAAGUCAUCCAUAGCCAACGAGGUUUUGUUUGACGGGGGGCAGGAUGUGCAGCCCAAACCUCCCGUGGAGGAGUUCGAGGAUGCGAAACCACUCGCCGAAGAACUCAUUGAUACCCUGCUCGACUUGCUGUUCUUCUCCGAUCUCACGGUCCCCAAGGCCCCGCAUGGCAAGCCAAAGGUCACUUACGCCAUUUGGCAGAGUGGCGUGGGAUGCAACACAUCGAUCCCGACUACAAGGGAACACGAGAGCAACCGUUGCGAGAUCCUUCGCCUACUCUUGACUCUGGCGGGCCAUAGCUUGUACCUCUCGCCGAGCGUAUUGCCGCAGCAAGGGACCAAGGCCCUCACCUACAUGUGCACCAACUCGGACAAGCAGGUGGUGCUCUCUGUGUUAUGCUCGUUGUUGAACACGACGCUCAAAUACAACCCGGCUAGCUGGCGAGUGCCGUACAAUGCCCUAGUUUUGAAAGACCCCAAGGAGAUUCUUGUCACGUACACCCUACAACUCCUGUUGGCAACUCUGCUCUAUCCCAUCCCGGAACAAACUGGUGUUCCGACACCCAAGAACUACUACCGCCAUUUCCUCGGCCGCUUGCACCGGCCGCAGGACUUCCAGUUUGCCGUCGACGGGAUGACGCGGAUACUGAACCAACCCCUCCAGUCCAACUCAUCAUACAUACCCGGGACUCAAUCCUCUGUCAGGUUUGCUCCCGAGACAAUAAUGCUGUUUUGGGAGAUUACUCAGUGCAACAAGCGGUUCCGGUCUUUCAUCAUCGACACAGAGAGGGCACACGACUUCAUCAUCCUGAUUCUGUUCUAUGCCCUCGAGUACAAGGGCGAUGCCUCGAAGCAGGGUGUUGUGAGGAUGUGUGCUUUCUUGCUACAGACUCUCAGUGUAGAAAAGAACUUCGGGGUGAACCUGAACAAGUCGUUUGACGCGCAGGAUACGUUGCCCCUGCUAUCCGCCUUGCUGGCUUCAGGGGCACGUAUGGGGACUUUCUCCUCCAGUCAGUCCAUCUAUGUGCUCAUCACAACGAGCCAAGGGAAGCUCACGGCCGUAUAUCCUGCGCUCUUGGCCGUUAUUAACAACAUCGCCGCAUAUUUGGAAGGAUUGAGCGGGCCAACCUGCUCUAGAAUCAUGCAGCUGUUCAACUCCAUGUCUUCUCCAUCCUUCCUCCUAGCCAACGAUAGUAAUCAUAGCCUUCUGCGGUCAUUGCUCGAGGCUAUCAAUGCCAUCGUCGAGCACCAGUUCAGUAGGAAUCCCAACUUUAUCUUCGCGAUCCUGAGGAACAGAAAGCGAUUUGAGGCAUUGCGUUCGUUGACAUUGGAAAGCGGCCAGGAAGAGGUAGAGCGACGCAACCAGAGGAGGAAAGAUAGCGGCGCCCCCCUUGACCCACUGGAGCCCAACUCGACUAGGAGUUCGAUGGAGAGCAUCAUGAGUCCCACGACACAACCUUCAAGGGCGCCGACACUCGGCGAUGUUCCUGAGGAAGACAGUACCUUUGCGAUCGGCGACGACGAAGACGAUAGCGACGACGAAGCGCGGCCGACGCCGGCAGCCUCGAGCCCUAGCGACAACCCGUCGGGGGCUUCUUCUGUGGCAUCUGCAGCGGACGACGAUGUGCCGAGACAGCUGCAGGGCAUGUCAGAAAAGGCCCGAGGGAAAAUGCCGGCAGGGGCGACCAACUUCUCGCGACAAAAUAGCACCACCAGCCUGGGAGGCCCUGUUGCUGGACAGUCGAUGUCUGGCCAGUUUCAGCCGUCUGCCCACUGGAUGGACAGCUGGCUGCCUGAGCUGCCCCUUCACACGACGCUGACUGUUCUACAGCAGCUAUCGGUCCUCAUCCCCCGUCAGGCGCUCACAUCGGACGCGCCCACAUCGGCUACGCUCGCCAAGAUUCGCGAGGUGCAACUUAUUGGCGUCGACCCGUCUCCGGUUCGGGUGCACUCAUUUGAGUGGUCGCCGCUGGCGCUCGGAUGGUACGAGUCACUCCUCUGGGGCUUCAUCUUUAGUAGUGAGAUGCAAGUGUCGAAGGGGACUGUGGGGGUGUGGAACUCAACACAUAUCAAGCUAUUCCGGGUCCAGGAGACGGCGGCGCAGGGCCCAACAUUUACCUCGCCCCGCGGCGCCGUGGAUGCGGUGGGCAGCAAUAUUGUGUCGCGGAUUGGAGCAAUCAACUUGCGAGGUGUCGGAAACCCAUCCGCGCCAACGCUUGCGAAUGGGCAGCCUCCUACGCGGGGCGCAUAG